UACGUUUGCGAAAAAUAUGAUCGACACGAACUUAAACCCGUAAGGAUGGAUUAUCUACACGAAAACGAUCCUUCCCAGUGGUCACUAGUGAAUUUUUUAGAAUGGAGAGUCAAGAGCGGCGGCGUGUUAGAAACUUGCGAAUUUAAGUCUUCGCUCCGAAAUAUUGUCAAUGAUAACGAGGAAGACACAAUCUGCAUACAUAAAGCGAAUUAA